CAGCCAACACUGCAACAAACACCUCAUCAACAAUUUCGGCAUCACUCCUCCCUCUCCCCCAGCAGAGUAGGACUACAUAUAUCCCAAGAAUCCAAAAAACAAACACAAAAUGCCACCAGCUUUCUCACCGCACAAUCCGACUGCCCAUCUAAAAAGCGAAUCCCAUGAAGGUGGUGGUGGCGGCUGCUGUGGUGGUCAUGGAGUCCCAAAAGUCGAGCUUCCAGACCCAACACCGCUAGAUGAAUUGAUCACGAUCCAUAACCUCUCAGUUGAUCCGGAGACUCAUCAGGUAUCCCUCUCGAGCAAGUCAUCUGCGAGUACUCAGAAACCAACCGAACAAAAACUGCUUCAAGAUACCCUUUCGAUCAUCAAUGACUUAUCCCAAUACUUGUCUCGAGCACCCUUCCCACACUGUCCCCCGCCCCCACAGAUGGUCCAAAACAACCCCCGAUCCGCCCAAAUUACCGCCCUGAAGGAAGAAGGAAACGCAGCGUUCAAGGCCAACGAUUUUAAUAAGGCGAUCGAAUUAUAUACCGUUGCCGCCAACGCAGCAUCCACCCGACCAUUGUUUGAACCUUCGGUUUGGAUCCGUGAAGAACUUGCGGUGGUCUUGUGCAAUCGGGCUGCCGCUUACUCUUCCGCUAAGAUGUGGGUUGAAGCCUUAUGCGACGCCGAAGUCGUCAUCCAACUCAAAAGGAACUGGAACAAGGGUCACUUCCGUAAAGUCAAAGCGUUGCAAGGUCUAGGUCACAUCGAAGAGGCUAAGGACGCUGCUCUCCUCGGAUUAGAGUUUGAACCCGAUAAUUCUGAUCUUCAAGCAGCUUAUCAAGAACUCCAAGCUUGAUAUUUCACACGCCGAUUUCUACUGUCUCUCUAUUUGCCCUUCGCGUUAUAUUUAUGAAUCUUCUUUCUUUGAUCAAAUAUAGAAAAAAAAUCUUCAGUUUAAGCCUAUUAAAUUUCACCCGAUUCCACCCAUCUUGUCUUUGUGUCAUUCAAGGAUGCAUUUGAUCCCAGCAUUUCUCUCUUAAUUUGUGUCUUGGUUUUCUUUUAAAGAAAGGAACCCUGUGGAACUUUGAGGAAAGAGAU